CCCCCCGUUACCCCCAAGAUGGCCGCCCCGGAGCGCUACGCGCCGCGCCCAACAUGGCGGCCGCCUGCCGCCUGCGAGCGUGGAGGGGGCGGGGCGAGCGGGCUUUAACGUCACUUCCAGCCGGAAGCGGCGGCCGGGCUCUCAUGGAGACGGGCGGGGAGCGGCCAGCGGUGGCGGCGACGCUGCGGGCGCUGAACGGGGCGCUGGGGCGGCCGGCCGCGCUCUGGGUGAAGGAGAGCGGCGCCCGCAACCUGCGUCACCGGGAUUUCCUGGCGCCGCGGGCCGCGCUCAGCGCCGCCUUCCCCGGGGGGCGGGUGCCCGCUGACGUCGUGGCGGGCGUGACGUCAUUGGGAGGCCCGGGGGUGCUGCCGGUGCGGGGCUGUCAGGAGACACCGGCGGGGCUGGCGCUGCAGCUGCGGCGCCCUGAAGCCUUCCGGUGCCUGCUGGGGAUCCCCUCCGACCCGGCCCCCGCGGCGGGGGCACCGGCACCGGCACCGGGGGGGCAGGCGGUGCUGCACUGCCCGGCCCUGCGCCGCCCCGGCGCCCUGCGGCCCCGCCACCUCCGCCCCGUCCUGCUGGCUGACCACUUGGCCCGGCUGCUGCGUGCCCAGGGGGUCGCCGUCCGCCUGGUCCCUGCCCUCACCGACGAGGGGAGAUGGGAGGUCCUGCAGCAGCUCCGCGUCGAGUGGCCCUCCGCCUGCGGGGGCUCGGCACUCCCCGACGCCGUCCCAGCCUUGAAGCGAACGCUGGGCCGGUCCCCCUGCACUGCGGCCUGCGAGCGGGGGCCGGGCACAGCCUCGCUGCCCGAGGAUGUCAUCUGUCAAGUGCACUUGAAGAGCUUCGUGGAGCAGCAGGGCUUGGUGGGCUAUGACCCCAAUCUAGAUGUCCUUCUCGUGACGGAGGGGAAGCUGCAGUCUGUGGCUGAGCUGCAGCAAGCCGUUCUGCAGUGCACGGCUGGAGACCAGGGGAGCUGCUGCAGCAUUGUGCAUGUGGUAAGCUGCGAGGAGGAAUUCCAACAGCAGCAGCUGGAUCUGCUCUGGAGGAUUUUGGAUCCAGGAGCCCACACAGCUCUGCAGAAACACCUUGUCUGUGGGCCAGUGAAGGUGACAAAUCCCUCGUCGGACAUCGGGGCAGACCAGUACUUCCAGCUCCGAAAGCGCCAGAUGUACGAAGCCUCUGUGAUGAAGUACGGGGAACUUGCACAGGAUGAGGCCUGGACUGAGGUGAUUGAUACCCUCACAGUGGCUGCCAUCAGGUUUGAGAUGCUGAGCACUGCUCACCGGAGUCAGAUCACCCUGGACCUGGAGGACAGCAGCAUCUCCACGAAGGGAACUAAGAGUGGCGCCUUUGUGAUGUACAACUGUGCCCGGCUGGCCACGCUUUUCGACACCUACCAGCGGGCUGUGGAGCGCGGCACCUACCCACCUCUGCCACCAGUGUCGGAACUGAAUUUCUCCUGCCUCCGGGAAGAGGGUGAAUGGCUCCUGUUCUUCAACUAUCUCCUGCCCUUCCCUGAGAUCCUGCAGCAGGCAGCGCAGCUGCCUGCACCCACCAAGGGGAUCCGGAUCACAGCCAACACAGAGACAGUGUGCAAGUUCCUGAUCCAGCUCAGCAUGGACUUCAGCUCCUACUACAACCGUGUCCACAUCCUGGGGGAGCCGUUCCCUCACCUUUUUGACCAGAUGUUUGCCCGCCUCCGGUUGCUGGGAGCAGUGAGGGAUGUGUUCCACAGUGCACUGGCUACCCUGCACCUCCCUCCUCUCAGCCAGAUCUGAGCUACCACCGAAGAGCUGUGCCACGGUGUGACAGACACGGGGACAACACGCCACGAGGGGAAGGACAGGGCACGUCCUCCCUGGCAGGGCGAAGGGCUGCCCCACCGUCAGGCAGGGAGCCAGGGCAUGCCUCAGCCCCAUGCAGGUGCUUCCCCUCCCACUGCCCGCACGGUUUGAGGGUUUGGCCACGUGCGCCCAGCGUGGGAGAUGGAUGUGGCUGCCCAAUCCACACCAGCAGAAGGGAAGAGGCCUGUGGCACCUUGCAAGUUGGGCUGGAGAGUACCAGGGGAGGCAGCACCAGGGACCAGUCACCACAAAGCCAAGCCCUGACUUUGUUUCCCUCAAAACUGUUUAUUUAAGGCCGCUCCAUGCUGGCAGGGAGCUCCUGAGGCUCGAGGCUCCUGUUGGGCCCUGGGCCAGGCCCCAGUACUGGGGUCCAAUACACUUGUUGCUGGACAAA